AUGCAUUCAGCUUUAAGACCUAAACCUUCUGUUAAAUUACCUCCAUCACUUAUUCCAUCGACAGUAGAUCAUCUUCCACAUCCAAUACUAAAAAAAUCAUGUCUUAGUCAAAAUAAUGAUCAUCAUCAUCAUCAAAAAUUAAUAAUAAAUGGUACUGAUCAUCAUCAAAUUUCUUCUUCAUCAUCAUCAUUAAAUAAUACAACAAUAAUAGAUAAAUCUAAUUGGUCAUUAGGUUUAAUAAAUUCUAAAGGAAAAUAUUUAACAGCAGAAACUUUUGGUUGUAAAAUCAAUGCUACUGGUACAUCUUUAAAAAGAAAACAAAAAUGGUUGAUUAUCUAUAAUAUUCAAUAUGAUUGUGUAUAUCUUCAAUCACCAUUAAAUCAUUAUUUAUCUACAGAUAAAUAUGGCCGUUUGAAAUGUGAUAUGAAUGAUAUCGAUGAUGAUUGUCGUUUUCAACUUGAAUUUAAUCGAAAUGGCCAAUGGGCAUUUAGAUCGUUAACUUAUGGCAUGUAUCUUGGUGGUGAUAUUGAUCAACUUCAUUGUUUUAGUAAAACACCAGAAUGGUGGUCACCUCACUUAGCUCUUCAUCCACAAAUUAAUUUAAAACAUGUUCUUCGUAAACGUUAUGCAAAAUUAGAUGAAGAUGAAAUUCAUAUUGAUGAAAUUAUUCCAUGGGGUAGUGAUGCUAUACUUGCUGUUGAAUAUCUUCAUGAUCAUUAUUGUAUACGUUCAAGUAAUGGUUUUUAUUUUCAUAAAGAUGGAAAAGUUAUAACAAAACAAACUGAUGAAACAUUAUUUACAAUUGAACUUCAUAAAGGAUAUAUAACAUUUAAAGAUUGUGAUCAAUGUUAUUUAACAGCUAUUGGUCCAUUAGGAAUAAUGACAACAAGAAAUAAAAUAGCUGGCAAAGAUGAACAAUUUCUAUUAGAAGAAAGUAAAUUACAAAUAUGUUUAGUUGCACCAAAUGGAAAACUUGUUUCAAUAAAACAAGGUAUUGCUCUAUCAGCUAAUCAACAUCAACGUGAUCAUAGUAGUAUAUUUCAACUUGAAUAUGAUGAAGAUUUUCAAGCUUAUCAUUUACGAACAUACGAUAAUAAAUAUUGGAAAAUUGAAGGUCUUGGUAUUCAAGCUACAGCUGAUAAAAAAUCAAUUGAAACAAGUUUUCAUAUUCAAUCAGUAGGUCAUGGUUAUGUUACAUUUCAAACAUCAAAUGGAAAAUUUAUUGUUCCACAUGCAACAGGAACUAUGCGUAUUGUAACAGAUCAAAUAAGUUCAAAUGAUGCAUAUUUUUCAAUAAAAUUUAUUAAUCGUCCAUUUUGUGUAUUUAAAUGUGAUUUUGGUCAUGUUGGUUAUCGAAAUAAACAAUCACGUAUACUUGAAUGUAAUAAAUCUUUAUUUACAUUAUUUACAUUAGAAGAACCAGAUAUUGAAACACAUUGUGAAGGAAUUGUUUAUCUUAAAAGUUCUGAUGGACUUUAUUGGGAAAUUUUAAAUGAUUUAUAUGUUAGUGUUAGUAGUUGUGAACCAUCAAAAUUUGCAUUAGAAUUAUGUUCAUCAUAUUCUCGUGUCGUUAUAAAAGCACCAAAUGGAAUGUAUUUACGAGCUGAACAAAAUGGAAGUAUACAAGCAACGUGUCAAAAUAGUCGACAAGCAACACAAUGGGAAUUUUAG